AUGUUCUCUAAAAUUGUCAUCGUUUGCGCAACAUUGGUUGUAGUACGAGGCAGUAACUUAGGUUAUGUCAACCACCCUGUAUCACAAUAUCACCAAGCAGCAGCACUAGACCCCAGGUCCUUGGCAUAUACAAGUGGUCACGUGAAUCUAGGUUGGAAUCCAUCCAGUGUACCUCAAGUACCUUCCUCGGGAUACGCCAGUCCUGUAUCUUAUGCUGGUUCUUUAGCUUCUCCUAAUCAUGUUCUCCAUAACUCACCUCUCGCUUACUCUGGUCUUGCACCCCGACCUUCAAGUCCUUUAUCUCAUCUUAACUCCCCUCAUAUCAAUCUUUCAUAUAACAUCGGUUCUCUAGGACACUCAGGUCUUGUACCAAGUGCUGGUCCCUUCGCUCAAUCUGCUCCUGUCAGUCGUGGUCCUCUUGUUCAUGCCACAUCCCAAGUCAAUGCCGUUUCUCUAUUCCAAUCGUCGCCCCUCAACUACGGAGGUUAUGCACAAGGACACAAUCAACAUAUGAACAAUUAUUACUCUCAGCCCAAGUACCAGUACUCCUACUCCGUUGAAGAUCCUCACACUGGUGAUCACAAGUCCCAGCACGAGGCUCGUGUCGGUGAUGUAGUGAAGGGCGGAUACUCUCUCCUUCAGCCGGACGGCUCCUUCAGGAAGGUGUCAUACUCCGCUGACGACCACAACGGUUUCAACGCGAUAGUUCAGAACUCCGGACCCAACCACCAUGUCUACUCCGCUCAGUAUCAUCAUUAG